UGUGACAGUCUGGCUGGAUACCUACCCAAUCCCGUGCGUAAAAGCUAUUUUGGAAAGACAUUUGGAUAUCCAGAAGCAGCCUUUUUACAUGAUCAGCUGCAUAAAGUGGAAACCGACGCAUCUGAAGAAAACGCAAGUUCAUGCGGUGCAAGAUUCUUGAUCCCUGACUGUGUUUUUUUCCUUCUCACGCCUGCAAAUCAGAAGUUUUCUCGAUGAGCACCGCGCACGGCCCUGCUUGACCAGCCGCGGACGCCAAGGAGUCGCCAAAUCCACAGGUCAAAGAAUUAUUUGUCUUUUCAAUAGAUUCUAGCCAUGUGUGCAUUCAGUAGUUGGAGAUAAAGCUGCAGCGAAAGCCUGGUGUGGUUGUAAGGGAGAGAGGGAGGGUGUGUGUGCGCUCUCGCUCAGUAGCCUCACCGGACGAGAGAAGGAGGAAAUCUGGGAGAGAGGGGGAAGAGAAGCGGCGUGUCCAAGGAUGACUUUAGGGACGGAUAUGUCCGACAGCUCUGCAUUGUCCGAAGAUGUGGACAUCGAUGUGGUCGGUGGUGACAUAUCCGUCGGGAAGGAUGGAAAGUACAUUCACCACGAGUUCAACUUGGACAAUGACUCGGACGAUAAUUACUCCCAGAACGCGGCCGAGAGGGUUUCCUCUCCGGGGCUCAGCAGCUCCGACUGUCCGUCAGACCAGCUGGGCUCCAGUGCAGAGGCUGGGACCGUGAUCGGGGACAAACCCAGAAAAAGUGCACUUGUGAAACCCCCCUACUCUUACAUCGCUCUUAUCACCAUGGCCAUCCUGCAGAGCCCCAAGAAGCGUCUCACCCUCAGCGAGAUCUGCGAGUUUAUCAGCAAUAGAUUCCCCUACUACCGGGAGAAAUUCCCUGCGUGGCAGAACUCUAUCCGGCACAACCUUUCCCUAAAUGACUGCUUUGUGAAGAUCCCACGGGAGCCCGGCAACCCCGGGAAGGGCAACUACUGGACCCUCGACCCGGACUCCGCAGACAUGUUCGACAACGGGAGCUUCUUGCGCAGGAGGAAGCGCUUCAAGAGGCACCAAAGCAAUGAAAUCCUCAGGGACUCCGGCGGCUUUCUGCCCGGGUUUGGAUACGGCCCGUACGGAUACAACUAUGGACUUCAGCUGCAGAACUUCCACGCAGCCCACAACCCUUAUCACCCACACCCCACAGGUGGCUCAUUCCCGUUCCCUAACGCCCCCUGCACCUUGCCCCCAUCAGCCUCCAUAUUCCCCGCGCCACAUCACCUGCCCUCCCUAUUGGGGGCUGAUUUAAGAAAGCCCUUUUAUCCUCAACUCAGCCCGUCCCUGCCGCCCCUCAAGACGGACUCCAGCACCCCGAGCCGGCCCUCCUUCUCCAUUGACAAUAUCAUCGGCGCGGCCAACUCCAGCGCCUCUUCCUACAGCGCGCAGCCGGGCAGCCAGGCGCAGAUCCUGGCCAUGCUGACCCCGGCACUGGCCUCCGCUUCCAGUCAUUUGAACUUAACGCAGGACAGCAUAAUACAACCUGGGCCACAAAGUCAGACUUUUUCCAGCAAAACCUCGAAUAUGAACACUUGUCCUUUUUAAAAAAAAAAAAAACAACUAAAAAAUGAGAGAAAAGACAGAGGGGAAAAAGAUUUUUUUAAAAAUCUGCGAGAAUGUCAGGUGACAUAUUAAAAAAAGCCAGUUGUGGCGUCGUCUUAUGUGAAGGUAGGGUGAACAUUCUUGCUGAUGUGAGGGUGUUUUGAGCUCUCCCAGUUUCCUAACAAUGUAAGAGGAGAGAUGCGUUUAUUUAUGGGUUGUAAAUAUGUGUAUAAUAUUGAGACACAAAAAGCAAAAGUUUUUAAAAACAGCUCUGUCCUGCAGUCUGGCAUGUGGCCUUCAUUUGUCAGUAGUGCAAAGAGAAAAAGAAAAAAAAAGAUUUCUGUUAUUUUAAGUUAAAGUUGUCACCAAUGGCUACGGGGAUUAUUUCCGAUUUCUUUUCUUUUUUAAAAUACAGCCGAGAAUUUUAUUAUGAUUUAUAUUGUUUUUAUUUCGUGCGUCGUGAGAAUGUGGCACUGUUGUUGUGGAAAUAGGCUGACAAGAGACGGCAAACUCAGGUUUUACUUAGAAAGCACAUGGAGAUAAAUAGGGGGAGUUUCUGACUUUAAAAAACCCCCCACCAUUUUCCUACUUUCACUCCCCCAUGAAUCUCCUCUACAUGGUGAACUUGUGACAAAAAAAAUCAUUUCAUGUUGUCAGUGGACACGUAGGUUGUGUGAUUUUUUGGUAUUAAAGAGCGCAAUACCUCUUC